GUUGUCUGUUUCUGUUAUUCCCGCGAAAUUGACACCGAUUUUGGUUCAUCGGGUGUAAAGUGUUGCUGUGCAGCAGGAGAACUGUCCGUCCAGAUAACGAGUCAGUGUCUCGGAGACACACAGGACCUUCUGCUAUAAGAUGGCGGAGCUGAGGCACCGUGGAGCCAAAGACACCGACCCGACGUUACAGCAGCAGCCGUCAGAGGACAAGGGUUCAGACAGUGAACUGAAGGUGGAAAAAGAUGUGGCGUCAGAUGGCGAGACCAAGGGGGACUCAGGUGUCCCAGUCCCUGCUGAUGACACCCCCGAGGUUCUCAACAAGGCCCUGUCUGGACUCUCCUCAAGAUGGAAGAACUGGUGGGUCCGAGGCAUCCUCACACUAGCCAUGAUCUCCUUCUUCUUCUUCAUCAUCUACCUGGGCCCCAUGGUGCUUAUGAUGAUUGUCCUCAUUGUUCAGAUCAAGUGCUUCCAGGAAAUCAUCACCAUCGGCUACAGCGUGUACCACUCCUACCACCUGCCCUGGUUCAGGACGCUGAGCUGGUACUUCCUGCUGUGUGUGAACUACUUCUUCUACGGUGAGACCGUUACAGACUACUUCUUCUCUCUGGUGCAGAGGGAGGAGCCGCUUCGCAUCCUCAGCAAAUACCACAGAUUUAUCUCCUUCGCCCUCUACCUCACAGGUUUCUGCAUGUUUGUGCUGAGUUUGGUGAAGAAGCACUACCGCCUCCAGUUCUACAUGUUUGGUUGGACCCAUGUGACUCUGCUGAUUGUGGUGACUCAGUCUCACCUCAUCAUCCACAACCUGUUUGAGGGGAUGAUCUGGUUCAUUGUGCCAAUUUCCUGCGUGAUCUGUAAUGACAUCAUGGCCUACAUGUUUGGUUUCUUCUUUGGCCGAACCCCUCUCAUCAAGCUCUCCCCUAAGAAGACAUGGGAGGGAUUCAUCGGUGGAUUGUUCUCCACGAUUGUGUUCGGCAUUAUGCUCUCCUAUGUGAUGGCCGGCUGGCGCUACUUCGUUUGCCCGGUUGAAUUCAACAACGACUCCAAUAAGUUCCAGGUGGACUGUGAGCCAUCGGAGCUUUUCCAGCUCCAGGACUACUCUCUGCCCGACAUCCUGGCGUCUUUCACUGGAUGGAGCACAGUGCGUCUGUAUCCGUUCCAGAUCCACAGCAUCGCUCUCUCCUCCUUUGCCUCCAUUAUGGGACCUUUCGGUGGCUUCUUUGCCAGCGGCUUCAAAAGAGCUUUUAAGAUCAAGGAUUUCGCCAACACUAUCCCAGGUCAUGGAGGCAUUAUGGACAGAUUCGACUGCCAGUACCUCAUGGCCACAUUCGUUAAUGUCUACAUUGCAAGCUUCAUCAGGGGCCCAAACCCAAGUAAGGUGAUCCAGCAGCUCCUGGCCCUCCGUAUCGAUCAGCAGCUCCACAUCUUCAAUUCCCUGAAGAGUCACCUGACAGAGAGGGGCCUGCUGCCAGCGCUGGAGGAUGUCGUCGCCUAGAGCCACCCCGAAACCCACCCCAGCUCGCCCUGAGAGGGAAACCACAGAGAGGAGGGAAGCACCCGAGGGACCCCACGUGCAGCCCCGGAGCUCUGAGAGAUUGGCAGUGCUUUGUGUGAGAGAAAAAAAAAAAAAGAAAAAGAAACCUAGAAAAAAAACUACCGUCUUGGGUCAUUCCAUUUCUUUUGGGUAUGAGAGUCGAGUGCGUUUGUGUUCGGCAGUCUGUGAAUCAUGUUUCAGUGUUUUCAGGUUGAGUUAGUGAAUUACUGUACUGUUAAACAUUUCCGUUAUCGCCAGCUCGUAUCUAUUCACACUGUUGAACAAAAUGUUGGUCAGCUGUACAUUUCUACCUGUAUACAGGAUGUCCUCUAUAUACCUAUUAAUGUGUGUUCACAUUUUAUUGUACUCUGGAUUUUUUUGGUUUUUGUUUUAAUGCACUGCUCUCAACCCCGUUACUCACUGUUUUGUCACCCCAGCUGCACCCCCUCCCCAAUUUAAUUUUCAAUUUUCUUUUUUGUGAUUGUUUCUAUUUAUACAUAGACAUUUUUUUAUAUGUGGGAUGUUCUAUUAUAUCUUGAUGUUGUGUCUGUUUUAGACUGAAUUCACCAUUGCCAUCUGUCACUUGCAUUUAUGUGUCUUUUAUCUUUUUUUUUUUUUUUUUUUUGCUGCCAUUCAACAUUUAAAAAAAAAAAAAAAAAAAAAAAAAAAAAAAAGGCCUAUCUGGCUCAGACAAACCGUCGACAUCAUAAUAUUACUUAUUAUCAAACAGUAAUGUCCUAUGAUGAAUGGCUACAUUACCCUGAAGUGUUUGACAGGACAGGAAUGGUUUGUUGGUUUUGUGCUUUAAGGCGCAGUGAGCGACGCUCCAUACGUAAUGUUUAUUAUGAAGGCCACUGCGACAGAUACAAUCUCCCCUCACCUGAUUGCCAUUUUAUAUUCUAAAGCAGAAAGACUCUCAGAGAUGGAGCACAAAUCAUUUUAUAUUUCUUUUUUGUUGACACUCGUUAAUGCUUAUUUUAUCUCUAACAAGGGGCUGGUUUAGGUUUAAUGAUCCGUAAGGUGGUGGUAUUGCUGCGUAAUGGCUUCUGUGUGAGACAUAGUUGCGUUUGGACCAAACAAGUAAGGCACAAUAAUGGUUUCGCCGCUGCCAAAAUCAUGUUCACAGCUUCAGAGCAGAACUCUACCCUGCUGUUUUCUGAGGAAAUAGAAAGAAGUCGUGAUGAUGUCAUAGUGAUGUCAUUGGGGUUAUCUUAGAUUGCCCAUGGAGAAUUUUAACAGAAGGCCUGCGUUACGAUAAACAUGAACAUUUCAGGGAUGAUCUUAUGAAAGAUGUGCUUGUGUUGCAUUAUGGGAAAUAUAGGAGAAUGUUAUACCCAUACUGAGGACUAAAAAAGUCAGGAAGUCUCAGCCUUUGGUGCAUCACUUUUUUGCACCAGAUUCUUCUGUUUGGGGCUUCAGUAAGACAUUAAAUUGCUGGAGUGCUCCUUUAAAACUGCCAACACUAUCUGUUCUGUAACAUUUAUAGAGAUGAAUAAGUUAUAUAUGGAAAAUAUUUAAUUUUAUUUGAAGUCUGACUGAGCCAUUGAAUUGAUUUAAACUCAGACUGACUACGUUUUUUUAUAUCUUAUAAGUUAUUUAUAGCUUAAAUGCAACUGGCAGAAAACCGAUUCAUUUGCAUUAAGAUUGGAGAAAAUCUGUUAGACUUUUUCGCCGAUAUUGUUUAGAAAAAGGUUUAGUAAAUUUGGCUCGUUGAACUUUCCGAAAGAUUCCAAAAUGUUUAAUUUGUUAAAAGUGAUGAUUAAUUAAAUUUAAAUAAAUGGCCAUUAUUGUUUGCACGUUUGCUGGUUGUUUUGUAGAAAUGGUGGUGCUAAAGGGGAGCAGCAAACACAACGGUGUCUUCAGUGUAUGUGGGUCCAACAAAGAUUAACCGCACUCCUCAACCAAUCACCUCAGGCUGUCCAUCAUGUUUGUGCUCAUUCAUCAAUUAGUUUUUUUUAUCCAAUCAUAGAAAAAAAAUGAUUAAUCCUCGUCAUUGAAAGCCAAAUAACUAUGGAGGUUUAAUGUAGUGUUAUAGGUGUUGAUGUAACCCGUACAGAACUACUUCUGUGCUCAAUGUUACCGCAAUAUGAACAACCAUACAGUAAUCAGUGUAGCAGGGAUGUGCCGAUCAAUACCAAGGUGUCCCUAAAUGGUAAUCAUAUAAAACAGCUAAUACCUGUGUCCACUAAAUGACUGCUUCUCUCAAUCAGGGUCAUUUUGGAAAAAAAGUUUGCUACCUUAAAUUUUCUCUCAUCAGAUUCUGUCCAAAACCUCUAUAUAUUUUUAAGAAAAGAUGCAAAUGUUUUUUUAACCCAACAUUCGCUUUUUCUUCAAAUAGCCAAAUCAAGAUUCAGAUAAAAAGAACGGUAUAAACCAAGUAUGCAUUUAUGUUUUCGCCCCCUAUUUGAAUGUCGCUUCAUUCAUAUUUUUAUUGAUUUACAUGUGUUUGGUUUGACCUUGACCUGUCUUAUGCUUAACUUCUUAAAGUAUUUAUUUUAUUUACUGUAAGAAAACCUUUUCAAAGUCACUAUAUUGUACAUUUAAUAAGAUGUUUCGAACAAAUGUCUAGUUCUUCUUUAGUAUUUUUGUUUAGAGGAAUAUUUAAAGUAUUAUUGCCAUAUAGGAGAGAGUAUUGAGAUAGCAAAAAAAGUAUUUUCUCCCUGUCUUGCUGUGAUUUUUCAGUGCAGUUGGGUGUUUUCUAGACUCUUCCCUGGUAGCUGUCGUGUGUCAACUGCUUUGUCACGGUGCAAGUUGAAGCAACGCAGACACUUGUAGUGCUGUGUUGCAUCGUCUCCUUUUUGAGUAGACAGGAAGUCUCCACAAAGUAACACAAGGGACGGGUGUCUCAGCGUUCGUAGAUAUAUCUUAUAUUCCUCUGGUGUCACCGCCUGCUGUGGCGGUUUGACGUUCGAGGUUUUAAGCCCUGCAGCUCUGUACUGCCAUUUCUCCGUCUGGUGUUAAAGUCGGCCACUAGAGAGAGCUGGAGCUCCUGGUGUCGGAUGAUCCAGUCUAACACUGAUGCUGCAUCUGAGCAGAAAGGUUUGAUCCUUUGCUGUUUGAUACAUUCCAGUUCCCCUUAGAUUUGCUCACAGAGAGGCAGAAAUAUUCGAGACAAACAUACCACUAUUAGAAAAGAAGAGAUUGUUUAUGUUUCAAGGCACCAAGGGAACACCUCCGUGCCAUUUUUAAUCAACACAGUGCCACUUUGCCGUUGUGAAUCCUGCCCAGCCAGGACCCUCUAAAAGGAAUGUAUGGGAGUUGUGACUGUCCCACACGCUGUAGGCUCCCCUUUGUGGACAUUUUAUUUUGUGGUUAUAGAUUCUCUUAUGAAGCUGUAUGAUUUCAGUAUAUUGUUCUUAAACUGUGCAAUGGUUUUGUGUUGAGUUGUACACUUGUCUAGAGAAAAGUUGUACUCUUUGAUGCUGAAAUGUGCUUUUGCCUUUGUUCAAAGAAAA